AUGCAAAGAUAUAUAGUAGCUAGUCGAAUAAAUGUUGCACCUGGUGCAGGUGUAGCUACUUUAACUGCUGUUCGAGGAAUAGGUGCUGGAAAUGGUGGUAAUCAGAUUGGUGGUUUGAAUACUGCAGGAGAAUUUCGUAACAAAGCUGGAGCAGAAAUUGUUUUUGGUCAACUCAUGCAAGGAGAUAUGGGUGUUGAAGAGUUCUCCACUCAAAUCAAAAAGGUUGGUAAAUUGGCCGGAAUGUCACCCGAACAACAAAGAGACCAAUCUCUACAUCUCUAUAUAGACACUAACAAAUCGGGAAUAACUAAAACUGAAAUUGUGGAUUUGAUAAAAACCGUAAUGGCAUCCUCAGAGUCUCAAACAGCUCAACAAAAUGCUGAUUUGCAGUCUUCCAUUAAAUCCUUGCAAGAGACUAUGUCUCGAGUGACUAAAACUCUAGAUAAUAGUAAAAAAUCAUCUAAGAAGAGAGCGGAAGAUACUGCCAUUAAUCGCUUUUUGAGUGACUUACUAAGAAAAAAUCUAGGUAAACACCCUGCUGAUGAAUAUGAUCAUGAUUCUAUAGAAGAUAUUUCAGAUAGUUUAUGUCAUAAAAACCGCUAUUAG